AAGGGGUCGAUGAAGUUGACGGAACCGCCAUCUUGAAAAGUGCACUCCGAUGAUCUACCUUUUCGCGCCUGUCAGGAUCAGUUUUAAACGCUUCAUUUUCUUUACCGGGAUUUCGUGUUAUCUCUGUGUUCCUAUUGUUAAGGCCCGGAGCUGAUGGCGAGAUAAGCUACAUGCUGGUGACUCGCCGUUUGCCGUUGUCUACCGUCUGUCCAUCACCGCUGUCUGCCCGUCCAUCUGGCUAGCCUGGAAUGGGCCACAACUCCCAAAGACUAGAGCACACCUCUUUGUAACCUGAGCUCCGUCUGGACUCCAACAUACUCACUGAACCACAAUGUUUUGGAAAUUUGACCUCCACACCACAUCCCACAUUGACACACUGCUAGAGAAGGAGGAUGUGACGCUUACAGAGGUAAUGGACGAGGACGAUGUCCUGCAGGAGUGCAAGGCCCAGAACCACAAACUGGUUGACUUCCUGCUCAGACCACAGUGCAUGGAAGACCUGGUCACCUUCAUCACACAGGAACCCAGUACUGAUGUUGAGGAGAAGGUUAAAUACAAGUAUCCCAACAUAUCAUGUGAGCUGCUUACUUCAGAUGUGAGCCAGAUCAAUGAUAGACUGGGAGAAGAUGAAAAACUGCUGAUGAAACUAUAUGGCUUCCUCCAGAAUGAGCCACCACUGAACCCGCUCCUAGCCAGCUUCUUCUCCAAGGUUCUGUCUAUUCUUAUCGGACGCAAGCCUGAACAGAUAGUGGAUUUUCUACGGAAGCAGGAGGACUUUGUAGAUUUGAUGAUCAAACACAUCGGGACAUCUGCCAUCAUGGACCUGCUGCUCAGAAUGCUCACCUGUAUCGAACCACAGCAACUACGACAAGACGUUCUUAAUUGGCUGAACGAGGAGAAGGUGAUUCAAAGACUAGUGGACAUGGUACAGUCCUCUCAAGAUGAAGAUCGACACUCCAACGCCUCCCAGUCGUUGUGUGAGAUCAUCAGACUGAGCAGAGAUCAGAUGUUCCAGGUCCAGGGUUGCUCAGAGCCUGACCCACUUCUGGCCACACUUGAAAAGCAGGAAACAGUGGAGCAGCUGCUUUCUAAUAUCUUUGACAAGGAGAAGAAUGAAUCUGCAAUUGUCAGUGUUAUCCAGAUUCUACUAACCUUGUUUGAGACAAGGAGACCAGCGUUUGAAGGCCAUAUGGAGUGCGCCCCUGGGAUGUCCCACCCUUCAUUCUCAGUCAACCACAGCAUCCUGGAGGCUGUAAGACCCCGACUCAAAGAUUUUCACCAGCUGCUACUGGAACCCCCAAAGAAAAAUGUGAUGAAGACAACAUGGGGUGUACUGGAUCCACCAGUGGGUAAUACCAGGCUCAAUGUGGUCAGACUUGUGGCCAGUCUAUUGCAGAGCAACACACAAAGCAUCAACACAGAACUCAUUAACCUCAAUACGUUGGGAGUCAUACUAGAUAUGUAUUUCAAAUACAUCUGGAACAACUUCCUCCACAUUCAGGUGGAAAUCUGCACAGCCAUGAUUCUGGCAAUGCCCCCUGCCCCCACAGACAUCCAGCCUGACACAGAGCAGGAACAUGCAAGGGAGAGCAUCCUCAUCAAACAUCUUUUUCAGAAGUGCCAGUUUAUACAGAGAAUCAUAGAUGCCUGGAGCUCCAAUGAGAAAGAACAGGCAGAAGGUGGUCGGCGACGAGGGUACAUGGGUCACCUCACUAGAAUAGCCAACUCUAUAGUUCAUAACUGUGACAAAGGCCCUAAUGGACCGCAGAUACAACAGCUCAUCUCUAAUCUCUCUGCCGAGGACAGAGAAAAAUGGGAAGCAUUUAUUUCUGGGCAGCUGGCUGACACAAACAAAAGAAACACUGUUGACCUGGUGAACACACACCACAUCCAUUCUUCCAGUGAUGAUGAGGUGGACUUUAAAGACAGUGGCUUUCACCAAGAUUCCUCUCUUCAACAAGCCUUUUCUGAUUAUCAGAUGCAACAAAUGACGUCCAAUUUUAUUGAGCAGUUCGGCUUCAAUGACGAAGAGUUUGCUGAUCAGGACGAUGUUGUGGAUAUUCCCUUUGAUAGAAUAUCAGACAUCAAUUUUUCACUGAAUACAAAUGAAAGUGCAAAUAUAGCUUUGUUUGAAGCACGCUGCAAUGAGAAAAUCCAACAGUUUGAAGAUGCUGGUUCAGAUGAAGAAGAUAUCUGGGAUCAAAAAGAUGUCACCUUCGCGCCAGAGGCCCAGAGACGUCCCAGAAGUUCAGGCAGCACAGAUAGUGAAGAGAGCACAGACUCAGAGGAGGAGGACGUGAAGAGAGAUCCAUUUGAAGCCUCUAACCCAAGCACCGAUGACAGAAUGGAAGUUGAUACAGGGCCAGUGUGGACAGCCAACUUUGAUGACAUCCCCAUGGACACAGGUACAUCCACAGCUCCAGCCUCCAGCACCAACAACCCCACUGCUUCCUCUCCUAUGUCCUCUUCCACCUCUUCAUCAGAAGUCCUACCUGAAGCAGCAUGGAGCGCCUCUCCUGCUACCUCCAACUCUGAAACAGGCUGGGCUGAUUUCUCCAACUUCACUCCUGUCAGCCCCAAAGACCCUCUGAGAUGCAACUCCCCUGUUGCUAUGGAAACCAGCAUAGAGACAUUGGACCCCCUUGGUGUCAAUACACCCAUGCAACCUGAAGACUGUGAUGGCUGGUUGAGUCCCAGUGAGGCUUCUUCCUCCUCCACCUCACCUAAGGAUUGUGGGACACCUAAAGCAGAGGAGGAAACGACCUGUUCUGAGCAGCGCAGUAUCACAGAAACAGUCAUCAACGGCUCAAUGAAAGAAACCGUCAGUCUCACUGUUGAUGCCAAGACUGAGACCGCCGUUUUCAAGAGAGUGUUGAAAUCUUAUCGUGAUGAAGAGAAGAUUGCCUCCUCAGAGAAAUGCUCAGUAGUGGAGUGUGUGGAUUCAGAGAGAACAGGCGUCAACAGCUCAGCUGCAGCCUGCUGUCCCAAAACAGGCAGUGAGAAGUGUCGGUCCACUGUGGAGCUUCCCAAUGGUCCUCUAGAGGAAAUGUCUGCCGUAGAGGAGGCAAAGCCAGACAGGAGUUCUGUAUCCUUAGAGCCAGCUGUAAAUGGGCCAGCGUGAGGAUCACCUAAUGCCUGCCAAUGGCCAGCCUGUUCUGCCAUACAGGGCCCUCCUCCUGGCCAGCCAGCAGAGGCCACUGCUCAGAGUUGUACCAAUUACACACCCGCCAGGACCAGCAAUACUCCUAUCAGCUCAUUACUGACAGACAGGUGUACAGACACACGAUGAACUGAAAGCAAAAUGAGAGACAUACUCAAAUGGAUACAAAAUUCAUUUUUUCUGCAUUUGUUUAUAUACUGUUGUUCUUAUGAGGUGAUGUGAGACUGAUAUCUUGACACUCAAAAUUAAAUAGUAAUGUUGCUAUAGUUAAAGAAAUGAUUGUAUGAAUAAAAUAUUUUAUAAAAAGAAAAAUGUAUACAGAAACUUAAGAUGAAUUACCACAGAAAUGAGAAUAGCUGAUUUGUGACCCAAACAACCAAGAAGCUGUUGUAACUGGGUUGACCUGUUAUCCUGUAUAACGGGCUAAUACGACAGUUAGAGAUAUAUUUACAAUUCUCACCCACUGUUGGUCUGUGUCCCUGAGCAAAGGCGCUCCUAUGAUUUGAAACACAUUUUAAUAACCACAAGUGGUUUCAUUUUGCUGCAGUUAUUUGUAAAUGUGUUUUUCUCUUGUAUUCUUCUGCAUUGAGUAAGAUUUGACAAGCUUUUUUCUUUUUUUUUAUUAUUUAUUAUGAAACUAAGAUGAUGGUUAUGUUUUGUUACUAAAGAGCCAUACCAACACAUUCUCUCCCCUUCUAGCAGGCUGCAUUCAUGCUAACUGGGUUUCUACCUCGCAGCUAGAAGGCCAAACAGGAGAGAUGGAGUUUGUUGUCACCACAGCCUAAACUGGGAGCAGUAAAUGCAUUCUGCAUCUGUUUGUGUUUUUAGCCCCAACUUAACUUCUUCAGAACCACAGUUCUCUUUUUUUGGUCCAAGCCUUCUCUUAAAAAAUAAAAAUCUGAAGCGCUUCUCAGAA